CAUGUGAACGGUGACUUGACUCACUUUUGAGGGGUCUGAAUGCAGCUGGACCUAAAGCCUCUCGCAGGGCGGCUGCAGGGUGGGAAGCAGGAAGAUAGGAUGUAGACACCCCCUUUCCCCAAGGGGUUCAGACCCCCAUAGCCCCAACAAGCUGGCCGGCAGCCCCUGAGCUCUGGUCACAGCAGGAACCUUCCUGUGCUGCUGAGAGAUGUUUCUCACUGCUGAUAUUUGGACGUGUGCGGCUGGAGACUGAGUCACUGCUCGGCACCUGCAUCAUUUACUGCCUCUGGGGUUUGUACUGAAACGUGAGCUGCAGAGGAAGAGAUCCUGAGUCCCGUUCCCUCCAGGGGGCACGAGGAGCUGCCUGGGUGGCUGGAGACAGUCAUAUUUGUGGGAAGAGGGGCUGCAGUGCUUGUCAUGGGGCGGGAGGAUGCUGAGCUUGACCCUGAGCUCUGCCCACACACCUCAGGUGUUGGUGCCUCUCCUUCCCCAGGUGUCCAGCAGUGCUGACAGCAUGGAGGGUGCUGCCCCAUCUUUGGUCAGGACAGCUGUGUGCAUCUCCGUUUGCUCUCUCAGCCCUGGCCAGACCCUGGUGCAGCAGCUGGUGGAGAGCAGCUGUCUCCUUUCCACUGCCAUCACCUGCCUGUUCCUCCCCUGCGUCUGUGUGGGCGCACCUCUCGCCGAUCAGUGAGCUAAAUCUGGUAACGUGGAAACAGUUUGCGGAACCAUCUGCUCCACACGUGGGGCUGUUGUGCUUUUGGUGUCUGGGAUGAGGGCCGGGGGACGAGCUGCCUGCCUGGAGAAGGAAGGAGCAGUCUGUCUCCAUGCCACCCCAACCAGGUGCAGGCAAUGCUGGGAAUAUCAUUCAGGCAGGGCUGGAGCCAGUGCAGGAUCAGGCCAGGGGUCUCCAAGGCAGUGGAUGCUUCAAGGACUUCCAGCUGAAUCACUUCCCCCUCAGCGUGGGCAAAAGCUGGGAGAACUCCCCUCCUUCUGCCAGCGUAGACCCUCGCUCGCAGCCCUGAUGCCAUGGGGCAGCUGUGAGUGGUGGCACACUGCCAUGCUCCACCUCCCCGUGGCUGAGCUCUCCCACAAGUGCCUGGCAUCCCCUGUGGUCCCCGAGGGCAGUGGAUGAUGCUUUCAAGAGGAAUAUCAGGUUUGGCUUGGGGAUUGUCCCGUGCCGGUGGGAAUGAGCCGAUUUGGAGAGGGGGACACCCUGGGCUGGACCACAGAUCUCCAAAUUGGCUGAUUUGCAUGAGCUGUGGCCACGGCCAGCGCUUGCUCAGGGAAACGGGUACAUGGCGUGCGUUGAAGAACCUGCAUCAGGACAAACCCCUCCAAACACACCUCCUCUCCAGGAACAGAAGGGGAAAACCCAUCAAGCCCACAUGGGAGGAGCGGGGAAACUAUGGAGGGUAUUCGUCAUCAUGAAAGCUGUCGUCACCAGCCAAGGGCUUAUAGGGGCCCCAGUGAGGGCAGGAACCACUGUCGCAGCGGGGGAAGGAGCAGAGGAGAGGUCCUGAGAGAGAUUCAUGGCCCUAACGAUGGACUCCCCGAGCACCCCCUUUCCUGCCAGCCAGCUCCCAGAGCACAGACUCAGCAACUCCUGCUCUGAGAUCCGAGACGAGUUCCUCUCUGUGACGCUCCCUGUGAUGUACUCCCUCAUCUUCAUCAUCGGGCUGCUCAGCAAUGCCCUGGCGCUCUGGGUGUUCUUGUGUGGCGCGCAGCGCAGGACCUCCAUCACCGUCUACCUGAGGAACCUGGCGCUCUCCGACCUGCUGCUCUCCCUCUGCCUGCCCUUCCGCAUCGCCUUUCACGGCAAGAGCGAGCCUCUGAUCUUCUGCAACAUCAUCGGGGCCUUCUUCUACCUCAACAUGUACGUCAGCAUCACAUUCCUCAGCCUGAUCAGCCUCGACCGCUACCUGAAGAUCAUCUGGCCCCUGCAGAAAUUUAGGAUUCACACUGUGUUGUGUAGCAAUGUGGUCUCUGGGGUGGUUUGGUUCGUGCACACACUGUUCAUGCUGCCUUUCUUUUUUGAGACGAGAGGAAAGGGGCCCUGUGACCACAAAUGCUUCCACUUCAGGAGCAAAAGCACCACAGCAGCAGCUUUUAACAUGGUUGCAGUAGCCACUUUCUUCAUCCUGCUGCUGCUUUUCCUCUACUUCUAUAGUGAGAUAUUUGCCAAGCUCCACAGAGUGUCUUCAGUGAAAGCUCAGCAGCUGAACAAGAAGACCAGCACGAGAGCCAUCUCCAAGACCUUCAUAGUCCUGAUCAUCUUCAUUGUAUGCUUCACCCCCUAUCACGUUGUCCGCAUUCCUUACAUCCUUGCACAAGUGGGGAUCAUUUCUAGUCUGCCCUGGAAGCAGAGUCUCCAUCUGGCUAAUGAGCUUGUGCUCUGCAUCUCAGCCCUCAACAGCUGCCUUGACCCAGUCAUCUUCUUCCUCUUGUCCAGCAGUUUCCGGAGGGCCGUGCUCUGCACCAUCCAGGGCAGGCUGAAGAGAGCUCUCCUAAGGCAGCAGGGUGGGCUGAGCCACAGCAAGUCUGUGACGGAGAUAUAG